CGGACUUAAAGACCCAUGAGUGGCCUUCAACGUUUCCAAACUUCAAAGUGGAGCGUUAGGAAAAAGAUCAUCAUGUGGACGAAAAUUAUUAUAUCACUGUUACUUGUGCAACACUUGGCUGCACACCCAGCACCCGAAUUAGAUGACCAAAGCACACCGGAAUGGAGUGCUGAAAAGACCUGCCUGGAAGUGACUAAAUCGGCUAUAUUUGAAAAUCAAAACGAUCCCACUUGCGGCAGCUACGUCUUUUGCUAUGUGUCAAAUGGAGGAGCUACUGCGGUGAUCUUUUCAUGUAAGGCAAAUACCCCAUACUUUGAUUCGACUUUACGGCUCUGCACUGCCAUAAAGGCAGAGGGAUGUAUAUAGAAGCGCCGAAGCUUC